CUCGGCCUCUGUGACGCUCGGCGACCCAGCUGGGGGCCGAGGAGGAGGGGGAGCUGGGACACACUGGAAUAUUCACAGCCCAGUGGCAGCAGAGGCAGCCAGAGGAGUGGCCCGCCACACAGGGGACCCCUCAGGAAUGAAGCAGCCUUUCAGGGCCCGAGGGGGUGCAGCCUCCCUGCCUCUCCUUAAAUAGCCAGCCGGCCUCUACCCCAGCCACACGGAGCCACCACCCACCCACAGGCUGCAGCCCACCUGCUGCCCCAGACCCGCUGUGAGAGGCUCAGUGCCUCUGCCUCUGGCUGAAGCAUGAAUGGCCUUGAGGAGGCCUCCCCAGGUAUACUGGCCAACUCCUCCCUGGCCCCUGUGGAGCAAUGCGGCCAAGAGACGCCCCUGGAAAACGUCCUCUUCGCCUCUUUCUACCUCCUGGAUUUCAUCCUCGCUUUUGUGGGCAACGCCCUGGCCCUGUGGCUCUUCAUCCGGGAUCACAAGUCCAGCACCCCUGCCAACGUGUUCCUGAUGCACCUGGCCGUCGCCGACCUGUCCUGCGUGCUGGUCCUCCCCACCCGCCUGGUCUACCACUUCUCAGGGAAUCACUGGCCCUUUGGGGAGAUUCCGUGCCGGCUCACGGGCUUCCUCUUCUACCUCAACAUGUAUGCCAGCAUCUACUUCCUCACCUGCAUCAGCGCUGACCGCUUCCUGGCCAUCGUGCACCCCGUCAAGUCCCUCAAGCUCCGCAGGCCGCUCCACGCCCACCUGGCCUGCGCCUUCCUCUGGGUGGUGGUGGCCGUGGCCAUGGCCCCGCUGCUGGUGAGCCCGCAGACCGUACGGACCAACCACACGGUGGUCUGCCUGCAGCUCUACAGGGAAAAGGCUUCCCAGCAUGCCCUGGCGUCCCUGGCCGUGGCCUUCACCUUCCCAUUCGUCACCACGGUCACCUGCUACCUGCUGAUCAUCCGCAGCCUGCGGCAGGGCCCGCGCGUGGAGCGGCGCCUCAAGAACAAGGCGGUGCGCAUGAUCGCGGCGGUGCUGGCCAUCUUCCUGGUCUGCUUCGUGCCCUAUCACGUCCACCGCUCCGUCUACGUGCUGCGCUACCGCGGCCAGCGCACCUCGUGCGCCGCCCAGCGCGCGCUGGCGCUCGGCAACCGCAUCACCUCCUGCCUCACCAGCCUCAACGGCGCGCUCGACCCCGUCAUGUACUUCUUCGUGGCCGAGAAGUUCCGCGAUGCCCUGCGCAGCCUGCUGUGCGGCAAGCGGCUCCCAGGGCUACCCCCCAGUGCCGACGGCAGGACGAACGAGAGCUCGCUGAGCGCCAGGUCGGAGCUGUGAGCCUGGGCCCCGGCCCCUCCCCAACCCCACAGGGACCACCCCGCAGACCCACCGAGGACCCCCUCCCAACCCCACAGGGACCACCCCGCAGACCCACCGAGGACCCC